AUUCAAUGUCGCCCAUGUGGCAUGAACGACAUGUUCACUCUAAGCUUUGUCCUUGAUCGCAUCGCAAGUGGUUUCAGCUCCUCUGAGAAAUUUAAUCAUUUUUGGGAAUUUUACCAAACAAAGGUCAGGAAGGAAAGAAAUUCAACAUGGUGAAUGCUUGGCUCAUGGACAACAGUGACGAGGACAAGCGAAAUGAGCAUCACCUUUCACCACCAGAGUAUGUGAGCCUUGAGAAACUUCGUGCUGACACCGGAGUACUCUACUGGAAGCUGGAUGAGAAAAAUUUUGAACCUGAGCUUGAGAAGAUUAAAUCCAGCCGAGGCUACUCGUACUCCGACGUCAUUCAAGUCUCGCCAGAAAAACUCCCAAAUUAUGAAGAAAAGCUCAAAAUUUUUUACGAGGAACACAUCCACACUGAUGAAGAAAUCCGUUUUGUCCUGGAAGGCUCCGGGUACUUUGACGUUCGAAACAAGGAAGACAAGUGGAUCAGGAUUGAAGUGACACCGGGAGACCUCCUGAUUCUCCCAGCUGGAAUCUAUCACCGAUUCACUUUAGAUACUAAGAACUAUAUCAAGGCCAUGAGAUUGUUUGUUGGGGUUCCAGUGUGGACACCACACAACCGACCAGCCGAUGACAUGGAUGCUCGCAAAGAAUAUGUAAGGAUGCAGAAAGAAGGCUUUAGUGAGGAGUAAAGGCAUCAGAAAAUAACCAGAUAUGAUGGGGCUUUAUUUUGACAAGGUUAUUUUGCAGGUUUUGAAAUUUGGGAGCACUUUUGCAAAUUACUGUCCUUUGCUUUAUUGGUUUUUGUUGACUUGUUGAAAAUAGUAUUUUGAUACUGUUGAUAUUUUGUAUAACUAGUUUUACUUUCUAUACACGUCUCAAGGCUGUAUGCAGCUUCAUUGUAAAAAGUUACAUUGUUGAAGUUAGAGAUUACUGUGAAGGGAAAUAUAUUUCUCAAAUAUAACUGUGAUUAUUAAGUUAUCUGCAAAUAUAAUAAUAUAAACUUGAAUUAUAAACUGUCAAUAGUAGAAGAUUACUUUUGUGCUGAUGAAAUGAACAUGUGUUUUGUAUGUGGUUAGCCUGUUGUGAUAUAAUAUUGCCAUACAAUUUUACUGUUAUGUAAAUUUUAUCAUGAUAUAUAGUUUAUUGAAGAAAAUGCAUAUAUUUAUAAAGUUUCUGACUUACACAGAUUUCAGAAUCCAAGUGAAUAUUUUUGUAGUAUUGAAUUUUCAUUAUAUGAUAUCCUGUUAAAUGUUGAGUUUAUAUAACAUAGCAUACAUAGUUUUUGAAAUGAAUUAUGAACCCUAUUGAUUAUUUUAAGAUUAAGAAACAAGCCAAUGAAAGGAUUACAAAUAUUGACUUCAUAUAUUUGGGAAACAAACUUUCCCUGGUAUUAAGACUACUAAAAAGUAUUAUAUGUAUUUCCACAUUCUACUAUAUAGAAAAAAAUACAGUAUUUUCUUAGAAACAAAUUUAAUUGUGCUUUAUAUGGUAAUGUCUUCCAGUUAGUAAAUGUAUUUGUAUUCCUACAUUUGUUAGCAAGAAGGAAUAUAGUGUAUAUAUAAAUUCAUUUGAUUAAACAUAAAAUUAAUGAUAUGAGGGUUGAAUUAA